AUAACAGAGAUUUGAAGAAAUGAAAGGAAAUCUCAGUGUUUCUACGUGAAUUUGUACAAAAGAAACCCCACCCAACCCGGGUCGGUUCGGGUGGCUAUUUGGGUUGGGUCGAGUUUUGGAGGAAUACCGACCUCCCCAGCCCAACUAAACAAGGGUUGGGUUGUUUGUUUGUUUGAUGUUUUUUGCUCGAAUUCAGCUCACUGACGCAAUUUCGAAGAAUGGUUCUGGAUUUUCUGCUCUCGUAUUUUGCUUAGGAUUUAUUUCGUGAGUCCUAAACCCUCAGCUUAUAGGAAGUUGAACACACAUGGGCAUAUGGCAAAAAGAGAUUUCUGGCACCUGUUUAAGCCCUAAAUAAUGUGUCCUCUAAAAGAAGAACGUGAAGAUCAAAGAUGGAUCUUUUUCUCCCGCCCUCCUUACUGAAUCAAAUCAAUGUUGUUUUUCCAAGGAACUGCUCAGAGGUUGUUUUUAGCUAUUGGGUGCUGUUGCUUUCUAAGACCUUGAGGAAACUGUUUGGACAAAUGUUGGUUUUUUGAGGCAAUUUGGAGAACUUUUUAAGGGGAGGAGAUUACUUGUUACACUGGAGGCUUUUUGGUAUCAAGUCAAAAUAUUCACUUCUACUUGGUGUUCAAUUUGAUUUUUUUUUUAAUUACACUCUCUCACAAGCCAUAUAUCCCAACUAGGUGUAGGCUCUUAUUCCAUUCUUCUUUUAGUUGUAUCAAUGGUUCUUCAAGUGUGAAAAUUAAGUUGAAUACCUUUGUCUUUUUAAUGCUUGAAUUGUUUCGAUAAGGAAAAUUAAAAUUAUUUAAUUUGGUAUAAGAAUUGAAUUUUGGGAAGUGUAAAGGUAGAGGUUUAGGGUUUUAAUCCCUCCUUUUUCCUUCUCAAUCCGUCUCAUUCCUUCUCAUUUUCCCUUCUCAUUCCUUCCGCUUUCCGUCUCAGCCCCCGAAAUUCCCUCCUCAAUCCAUCCCAACUCCCCUAAACUUCCCUUCCCUCUCCCUUCCUUUUUCGUGCUCCGUCCCUCACAUUGACGAUUUUAGCCUCCCCUUGUCAUUUUUUGCUUCGUCUUUCACCGGCCGGAGGUUUGUUCCUUUUUCACCGUUUCGAAAUGCGUCGUUUUCAACGUUUGUGGGUUACCAAUAUCAGUAGUCACAGCGAAUAAGGAGGCGGCUUUUUCCGUUUCUCAAACCCACUCUCUAAAACCCUCGAGUUCUUCUACUUUCCCUUCAUUUGCACAUGAUUUUCUUCGACGGGUAUUGAUGAAAUGUACUUCAAAUUCAUUUGAGCUCAGAGUUGGAGUUCAUCAAAAUGGAUUAGUCGAGUCGAUACUGAAGUUGUGUGUUGAUUUUUUUUUCUUCUCUUUAUUGGACAUGUCUGUUAAAUUUGCUUCUCUUCCUUGCUCGGUUCCUACUCUAUCUUCACCCUCCGAUGGUCGGAGAAGCUUUCAGUGAAUAUUUGUUGGUCCUUUGGGUUGAGAUGUAAUUCAAAACAAAAACAAGACAGGCUUUGGAUAUAUAUGGUUCCAGCUUGAAAUUGGAAGUUUUAUGUCAAUUAAGGAGACGCCACGCUCAGGAGUUCUAGCUUGCACGCCACCGUUCGCGGCCGUCAUACCAAACCCAUGAAUCUGGCAGUAGCUUAGUUCGCUCGCGUCACAGACCUUCUGUUCAGGUUACUGCUCAUAUUUGUCUUGUACCGCAGCUGUGAACACCACGUGGCUCCGCCGUUCUCGCUACAUUUUGGCUUUGGGCUUAUGGGAAUACUGACUAAAAUGGCUGGUGGAGGAAUGAUUGGGCAGUUACUAAGGAGGAAGCUUAAGACCCAAUCUACCGUAAGAAUGUCCUUCGGAGCACUUUCUUUUCUUGGAGAUGGUGCGCCAGAACAUUUGAGCUUUGCAACAGUAGCAUCCUGUUAUGAGGCUGAUCAUGGGUUACAGUGUCCAAGCUACAUCUGGUCUCGCAAUGGUAAUCUCAGUUCACAUGUUCAUGCAUCGUUGACAUCCAACUUUCUACUGCAGUCAACUUAUAGUUUAAGUCGAACUUGUAAUGUUUAUAAAAGAGGUUAUGGUCUAGAUGUAUGUGGAUUAAAAAUGGGAUGUGGCUUUCAUUCACAGUCAUUUCGAAAGUCUCAUUGGUUUUCACCUCUUUCUACUCGUUAUAUUGGGAGGUAUUCUUCCUUGCACAAUAUUCAACGCAGCUACUGUACAGCUGCUAUUGAACGGAAGUCCAAAAAUAUGCUUUUCUACCUUGUGGCAUUGGUUCUUACCAUGGUAGGAUGUAGUUAUGCGGCUGUUCCUCUUUAUAGGAGAUUCUGCCAAGCUACUGGUUAUGGGGGCACUGUUCAGCGCCGUGAGAGUGUUGAAGAAAAGAUUGCUCGCCAUGCUAAAGAUGGAACAGUAACUACAAGGGAUAUUGUUGUCCAGUUUAAUGCUGACGUAGCUGAUGGAAUGCCUUGGAAGUUCAUUCCAACACAGAGAGAGGUAAGGGUAAAACCUGGAGAAAGUGCACUUGCAUUCUAUACUGCUGAAAAUAAAAGUUCAACUCCAAUUACUGGUGUGUCUACGUACAAUGUUACACCUAUGAAGGCUGCAAUCUACUUCAAUAAAAUACAAUGCUUUUGCUUCGAAGAGCAACGUCUCCUUCCUGGGGAGCAGAUCGACAUGCCUGUGUUCUUCUACAUUGAUCCUGAGUUUGAAACUGACCCAAAAAUGGACGGCAUCAACAAUUUGAUUCUGUCCUACACUUUUUUCAAGGUUUCAGAAGAAUAGGUGAAUGAACACCGAACAGGGUCCAGAGAUCCAAAUUUUUGCCAUUGAUAAAGAAUUGUCCAAGAAAAUCAUUAUUGUGAUUCUAUCAUACGCCAUUACUUUAGAUUAUGGAAAUAAUAGAAAUUCGAGAUUGAGAUAUGCGAGGGACUGAUGAUUGAUUAUUGUCCAUUGCACCACAUUUUCAUUAAGUAAUUAUCAGAAUAAUUUUAAUGUGGAAA